CUGAAGUCUGUCAACGCCAGUAUUGUUAAAACAUGUGAAGAAAGUUAAUUGAUUGUAUAAAAAGAAAAUUGAUAGCUGAAUAUGUUUGGAAAUAAAAAAAAUAAUUUACCGCCGAGGCCUCAUCCGCUAUUACCUGAACAGGUAUUGGAAGAUAUUCUCAAUGCGAAUAAAGAUGAUGUGGUUUUCAUAUUCAAUAACAAGGAGGAAUCCGGUGGUGAAAAUUUGCAUUAUCCGAUGAAUACGAAUGAUGCAGAAUCUGUGUAUGCAAGGUUGAAAAUAUAUUUAAAUGUUAAAGAAAGUUUAAAAAAGUUAAGUGGCGCAUUGUCGAUGAAAAAUGAGUCAUUGCAAAGUGCCAAUGUAGAGAUGCAAAGGAUGGCUGAGGGUAUAAGGAAACAAGCUCAAGAUGCCCUUGUUAAACAGUAACAAUGAUGAUUGUUUAUAAUGUGUAAUCACAAUAUGCAUAAGUAUAAUCAACAAAUGUAAUUUUCAAUAUCUAGCUAAAAAGUAAUAUA